AAUCUCUAACCGGCGCGCCGGGAGGAAGACUUCUUCCCUUCGAGGGUGCCUUCUUCAAUUCAUACAUCAGACCCGUUCCACUAAUUCUUUCUCCACAAACGCCUCUCCAAUUUAUAUAGUCAAAGUCCAGCUAUCCUCGCUUCCAAGUUCCAACGUUGAUAUUCCCAUUUCUACUUUCUUACUGUUAUCAUCAAUCUCAGGUGGCAUUUCAAUGGAAUCUGCUUUCAAUUCAAUUCUACUAUCAUGAUACAUACCUUCUUUCCGUGAUCACCACACGAUUCCCUCGAAUCUAGCCUUCAUCAAAGAUUUCAGAUUUCAUCCAUCCUUAUCCGUUCCAGAUCUAUUCAAGUGUUCUUUCCCGAGUGCGUCUAACUGUGGCAUUGAUUAACCAUAGAGACCUGCAAUCUCAUUUGUUAGGAUUUCGUCCAUCGUCCUUCUUCAUUCCCUCCAUCAUCAUUCCGCUCCUGGGUUUCCUCUUUGCAAGCUUAGUUCGCAGAGGCUUUCGAUCAAUUCAGAUCACCAAGCCAUCCACUUCGAAACCUGUGUCCAGUUGAACUCGCUCAACCGGCACUUUCUUCCGGACUAUCUCUGGACAUCUUGCUUGCGAUAGUCUGCCCCCAUGGUUACCAUCAAGCGUUCCGAGUCGCCCGUCCCGCUACCUCCCGUCAAUUGCAGCCGGCGGCAAUCAAUCAUCAACAAUAUACCCGCCCCGGAGCAUCACCAAAUGUUAACGUUUCCUCCGUUCUCUUAUCAGAAUGGCUUGAGUGGAUUUACCCUUCAGGGGAUGGGAGAGGAGUCUCCAACCGAGACCUGCCCUCCAUCGGUGUAUUCUCAUCAUCCACCGACAUCCUAUCAGCUCAAUACAACCGCCCAUUCGGGCUUCAGCUCUCCAACUAGCAAUCAUUCCAGCCCAAAUCCAUAUGGUGAUUUUAAUGCAUUCUCACUAAGCCCCCCGAGUACCGGCACAACCCUUUCUUCACUCAUCACCCAGCCGCAUAAUCCUACUCAUGGCCCUUUGACUCAUCAACUGCCUCAUCAACCAUUGUCGCCCGCCGAUUUGAGCUCUGCUAUCAAUCCAAACGCCGCAUUUGAAAUCACCCGCCCCGGCCAUCCUUGUAAUUUACGCGACAAUCGUCAUAACCGGAGGGAAUCUUACUCUACAACCGUCAAUGAUCCCUCUUACGAGCGCAGAAACUCGGCUGUUUCAGUAGGCUCCUUGCGUAGUCUACAGUCGACCUCUCCUUAUCCCGCCUACGCCUCAUUAGACCCUCACUCAAAUGCACAAUCUCAGAUUUAUAAUUUAGCCGAAGACCUCUCGAGCCAAGGGUUUUUUUAUACAAAUUCCGCGCGUAACACCGUGCCACCGCCUUCCAUCAUGACUACUUCCAGCGAUAUGCAAGCUGGUAUGAUGACCGAGGCACCUCGUCUGGCGCCAAAUCAGAUUCCCCAAAUGGUCACCCCUGCACCCCCGUCCGCGAAACUUGCAACCAGACAAUAUCGCAAAAAAACCCCGCCGGAUGUUUGCGCAGUGUGCACUUCGAGGCAAACCCCUGAGUGGAGGAAAGGACCUUCUGGGUUGCGAACCCUCUGCAAUGCCUGCGGGCUUACUGCCGCUAAGCUCCCACUUGCAGAACCGACGUGCAUUGAGGAUGUGUGGGCUCAGUUGCGCGAAAUUGGCAUCACUCGCUUUCGUGCGAAUUAUGUUCUUGACGAGCACAAGAAAGCAGCGGCCGCCCAAACCUGGUCUUCCCAGUCGCAAAAUGGCGGCCGUGCGGGUAACACUAGUCGGUAUUCUUACUCGGCUUCAACAAGCUCCCCCGCAGCCAGGUCAAGCCGAUCAUCUUUUUCUAACCUCACUGGUCCAUCAGCAAGAACGACUAGUAACCGCAACCCGGCCGAGAUAGAUGCAGCCCGGCAACUAUUUUCUUUGAGUAGGGCGAAAGGGAAUGGCCUGAAUGGCACGAUUACCGGAGAUCAUACAGUACUUUCUUCUCCCAGUAACGUGGGGCAUCUUCACUCAUGCAGCUCUCCUUCUCCUCACGCAGCUAGCUUAAGUAUGGGUUCAGCGAGUGACAGCGGCCAUGGUCUCACAGAAGCGUUUUCAACCCACCUCUCAUCGCCGAUGUAUGAUUCUGCAGAACGAAUGUUAGAAAUGUACACCACUCCAAUUGAUCCAGGCAACUCCCGUCGCGAUUCAAUUGGCGGUCAUAGAAUGGCGAUUUCCUCUAUUGUCAAUAGAGAUCCCCCAACAAGGUCUACGACCAACUUUCAAGCUGCUGCGCAGGUUCAGCAAUUGCAUCAGCAACACCAAGUACCACAUUUGCAUCAUCAGUUCUUCUUACAGCAUUCACCCCAAGCUGGAUAUACCAAGUAAUAUUUAGCUCUUUGAAUAUCCUCAAUCAGGGCUAUACUUACCCAAUGUAUGAAUCUCGAUUUUUUUUUUUUUCUUUGAAAACUAUUAUUUUAAUUUUUGAUACUGUAGCAAUGGAAGGACAGUAGACUGGCUUGUUUUCGAAACAAAUUAUCUUGAUUUUCUAUAGACAGCAGUUUGGUGCUUCUUAUCUUGUUUAGCUGGCAGAUUGUUACCAUCAAUUAUUUAUUAUCAAUUAUUCUUGAGGCAUCUUGCUCCUUUAAUCUUUGGAACUUAUCUAUUGUCUAGUGUUUUCUCUAUCCAAUCUGUUUCUGUUUCUCAAUUCCUAUCAGACAGUCUCGACAGUUAUCUCGUAAUCAUCCGUCAACCUCUUGUCAUUAAUCAGUGACAGAUGUUCUGUCUGGCCAGUGAUCAAAUAGU